AUGGCAAUUUCUGACGUAUUAAAUUUUACAGAAACCCCAAUUAUAGAUGUAGGAAUUGAAAGAUAUGAAUUCCAUAAAUAUGAGCCAAUAGCUCAUACAAAUCUAAAUAGGGAAGGAGAAAUAAGAAUCAACAUUGAACAGCAAGAUCUGUUUACACUUCCAUCUGAAGCUUUUCUCUUGUUUGAAGGAAGAUCUCUUAAAGCUGAUGGAACUGCUUAUGCUAAUGCAGAUGCAGUUUCACUUACAAACAAUGGUAUUAUGCACUUGUUUAGUCAAAUAACAUACCAAUUAUCAAACCAAGAAGUAGAAUCAGUUUAUCAUCCAGGUCAAGCAACUACAAUGUUAGGAAUGCUCAAAUACCCAAAUGACUUUCAAUUAGCACAAGGAUUAAAUCAAUUGUGGUAUAAAGAUUCUGCAACAACAGGAGUACUUGCUGAUAACUCAAGAUUUGCAAUAAGACAAGCUUACAUAGUUCAGAAACCAACUACAAAAGAAACAUUUUCAUUUAGCAUACCUCUAAAGCACAUUUUUGGAUUCUGUGAAGAUUACAACAAAGUUAUUUAUGAAUUUAAACAUACACCAACUCUUGUUAGAAAAAGUGACGAUGAUGCAAUUUUUAGAGUUGCUGCUGUAGCUGCUGGACAAGUUAAUUUUGAUAAAAUAUCAUUGUUUAUACCACAUGCUAUUCCAUCAGAUGUAGAAAGAAAUAAUCUUUAUAAAGCUAUUGAAUCAAAAGUGACACUUCCAGUAACUUUUCGUUCACGACAGUGUGAUACUAUAACUGUUCUACAAUCUACUACAUUUACUUGGAGACUGAGUGUAAAAACAUCUACUGAAAAACCAAAAUAUAUUAUUGUUGGAUUCCAAACAAAUAAAGAUGGAAAUCAAGAACUCAAUCCUUCAAUAUUUGAUCAUUGUGAAAAAUAUGUAUAUCAUGCUUAA